AUGAACACCAUUCUUUGCCUCCGCCUGAGGCUGAGUCCAACACCUCUUUUCUAUUAUUACACCAAAUCCCCUUUUCUGCAACCCUCUCUCUUUUUCUCAACAACCACUUCUGAUCCCCACGCCUUCACCAUUUCCUACCUCACCAACACCUGCGGCUUCUCGCGCGAGGUCGCUCUGAAACUAACCAAACGAAUUCGUUUCAACUCCGCCGAUAAACCUGAUUCCGUCAUCUCCUUCUUCCGAACCCACGGUUUCUCCACCUCCCAAAUCCACCACAUCUUCUGUCGAGGCCCCGAUCUCAUGCUAUGCAACCCUACCCAAAGGCUUCUCCCCAAAUUCCACUUCUUGGCUUCCAAAGGCGCUUCUCCCUCCGUGAUCGUUAACAUGGUCACCAAGAGCCCCCGUUUCCUCCGUUACAGCCUCAACAACCACAUCAGUCCCACCUUCCAAAUGCUCCGGACGUUCCUUCCCUCCGACCACAAAGCCCUCUCAGUUUUCGUCGCCUGUCCCAAUUUCAUUGGCGACUGUCGCGUCGCGUCCAACGUUGACAUGUUGCUGGACGCCGGAGUCAAGCACUCUAGCAUUCGCUUGUUGCUCCGCUGUCGUCCUUCGGUUCUCUGCUCCGACCUGAGAACUGCCAUGGAGGAAGUGAAGCUGUUGGGGUUUAACCCUCUGAAGCUGACUUUCAUUCUGGCGCUUCUGGCCAAAAGGGCUGUUUCGAAAUCCCUUUGGGAUGCCAAAGUCGAUGUCUUGAAGAAAUGGGGUUGGUCUGAGGAUGAGAUUUUGGUUGCGUUUAGGAACCAGCCUAACAUGAUGCUGCGCUCAACGAAGAAACUUAAUGCAGUGAUGGAGUUUUGGGUAGGUAGACUUGGUUGGGAUCAUUCCGCGCUUGUUGCGUCCCCAACGUUGUUUUCGUACAGUUUGGAGAACAGGGUUGUUCCGAGGGCUUUGGUUGUGCAGUAUCUUCUCUCCAAAGGACUGGUGAAGAAGGAUGCUAGCUUGGUCACCCCGUUUGGUAUGUCUGAUGAGUGGUUUCUGGAAAAGUAUGUGAGACGUUUCAAGGAGGAAACGCCCAGGUUACUAGAGCUAUAUCAGGAGAGCAAGAAGUUUUCUCGCUGUAGAAAGCCUUUGCAAUUAAUUUUGAUAUCGAUUCCCUUCAGCCCUUCUUCUCGAGCGCAAGAGGCUAUACAAAUCAAAUUUCUUUCUUACUAUGGUGACAAUUCAAUUUUGAGCCAGUUUAGAACUGAUGACAUAUCAGAAAUGCUUGCCUUGCUUAGGCAAUCUGGCACUGAUUCUGCCAUGAAUUUGAAGAAAGGUUAUUCUUCUUCCAGGGCAGCUGGUGCUUCAUCCCUUGACAUUGUUUACAUUGUGACCACCAGCCCUCAUUUCCUCAGACGAAGCUUGGAGAAUCAUAUAAUCCCAGCAUAUGAACUUGUAGGCGGGUUCCUCCAAUCCUUGUUUACAGACAAGCAAAUCAUUGAUUUUCUGAUUCAGAAACAUUAUUUAUUUGAUGACGGCCAUCUGGUACCUAAUGUCAAAUUGUUGCUUGAUAAUGGAGUUACCCGCUCAAACAUUGUUAAAUUCUCCAGAGAUGGCCUAUUGUACUCUGCUCUGGCUCUGGCAACUUUAAACAAAAGCAAAUGGACCGAGAAGAUUAACACUUGUAAAAGUUGGGGGUGGUCCCAAGAACAAGUUCUUCUAGCAUUUAGGAGGCAGCCAUAUUGUAUGCUGUCAUCCCCUGCUAAAAUUAAUGCAGUGAUGAGUUAUUUGGUCGAGCAGGGCUUCCGUUGUGCAGCUUCUUAUCUCAAGUAUGUGAAACGUUUUAAGGAGGAUUCUUCACAUCUGUUAAAGCUGUACACAGAAAAGAUGAGUCUUGGAAAUGAUAGGGAUAGCACUUAUGACUUUUGUCAGAUAGCUAGUUUAGCCUCAGCUAGAAAUUUGUGA